AAGUUUUGUUAUAUAAUAGUCAAGGUCGUCGUAAAGUUUGGUGUUUCUAAGAAUCAAGAUCUAGGACACAUGAUUUUGUGGAAAUGUUGCAUCUAUUAUUUCCAGUUAGAACUGAUGAUUGAAAUAUUGUAUAUCGGUGGGAUAUUACACCUAUACUAACAGAACAGACAUUAAUCGAGAAAUAAAAGAAUGUCUCCAGAAAUUUUGUUAAAAUAUCCACAUGGGAUUAAGUGGUCAUCACCGGUUGUUAUUGUACUGGACAGGGAUGGUAACCGGAGUUUUGGUUUUCGAUUUAAGAUAUGCCAGAGCAGGAAUCCAGAUGACUGGUACACGCUUGUUUCUGAGGUUUCUAGUGCCCCUGCUAAAAACAAGCUGAAUGCUGGCGAUUAUAUAAGAUCCAUAAACGGGAAAUCGCCGGAAACACCACAAGAGGCUGAACAACUCCUGUACAGUUUGGAAAAUUUAGAUUCAUUGAGGAUUAUCGUGCAGCGGCCACAAGACAUUCUGUCAAAAUAUAAAAGAUGUAUUUCUCAAAAAGAGGGAAGCGACCCGACCAAAACAGUUAGUUUCAGAGGAGUUUCGAUACAGAAAUCCGAUUUGAAUGUUUAUAUCGGUGAUAUACCACCCUCAUUGUAUGACCAACUGUGUACAGAUCUUCAGAUUCAAAUGCCGCGUGAGAAUGAUUGGAAACUAUUAGGUGAGUUAAUUCUACGUUUGACGACUCGUGAUGUUGAGAGAUACAAAACAAAGACAAAUCCAGCUGAUUGUUUGUUAUGGGAUCUUAGAAAUGAGAAAGGUUUUACAGUCCCUAGGUUGAUCAACUUUCUUAGGAAAAUGGAAAGAGAAGACAUAAUAUCACCUUUACAAAAGUGGCUAGACAGUGAGCAAAAAUAGUACUAACCUACAAGGAAACUGCUUAUUUAGUCAUGAGUAUGCACAGAAUAAAACAAGCCAUGAACACCAAAACUGAGAAUAAAAUCUGACGUCUUAAAAAUGGUACCAGGUGACGGAAGAAAAUUAAACUGAAUAUUGGAAAAUGGACUAAAACUGAUAACUUGGUAUUUUAUGUAAUUCAUUUCAAAUAUAAAUGCCGUUCUCACAAACAAUAGAUCUUAACUGAUAUAUAACCAUCUAACCAUCAUUAUUAAAGAAGGAAUAUAAA